AUGACUGUUCAGUACAACUUGGAUGUGUCAACUUCUCGGCCUUGGACCUUAUUCAAACUUUUAUUCCGGUGGCGCGGAAGUAUUUGGAAAUCAGUAACUCUCGAAUUAUUUGUUUGGUUGUUGUUAUUUGCCGUAAUAUCAGUGAUAUACCGCGUUGCUUUAAACAAUGAACAAGUUAGUACAUUCGAGCAGUUCGUACAUUACUGCGAUGAGAAAUUGGAUUACAUUCCAUUGAAUUUUAUGCUUGGAUUUUUUGUUACAAUCGUUGUUUCAAGAUGGAUUAAUUUUUUCGUGAAUAUUGGCUAUAUUGACAAUAUAGCUUUAAUGGUAGCAGCAUAUGUAAAAGGUUCGGAUGAUUGGGCACGAAUGCUGCGCCGAAAUAUCAUUCGGUAUUGUGUCUUAUCACAAGCACUUGUCUUCCGCGAUAUCAGUAUGCGAGUCCGGAAACGAUUUCCGACCAUCGAAGCAUUGGUUGCCGCCGGUUUCAUGAUGAAACACGAGAAGGAAAAGUACGAUGCGAUCCAAUAUCGCUAUGCUAAAUAUUGGAUGCCAUUCCAGUGGGCAUUGUCACUUUGUCAAGAAGCACGAAAUCAACAAAAAAUUUCCAGUGAUAUUUUGCUUGAAAAAGUUGGUGAAGAAAUUAAAAAGUUUCGUACGAAUUUGGCCAUUUUGUGUAACUUUGAUUGGGUACCUUUACCAAUUAUGUACCCACAACUAAUUGUCUUAGCUGUUCACACAUAUUUUCUUGUUGGUGCUAUUGCCAGGCAAUAUAUUAUUAGUGAAAAUGCAAAGAAUAAAUCAACGUUGGAUAUAUACCUUCCGGUUAUGACUAUUAUUCAGUUUGUCUUCUACAUGGGAUGGCUAAAGGUAGCAGAAGCAAUGCUAAAUCCGUUUGGUGAAGACGACGACGAUUUCGAAUGCAAUUUUCUGCUCGACAAAAAUCUUAGCGUAGGUUUAACAAUCGUCGAUGACGGAUGCAACAAAAUACCGGCAUUACUUAAAGAUGUUUUCUGGAGCGAAACCGAAAUUGAACCUUUGUAUUCAGCGGAAUCGGCUCGUGGAGAAUAUCGACUUUCCGGUUUGACUGGUUCAACCGCAAAUGUUCAGUUAACUGAUCAAAAUAGGAAAAUUAAAAUGUUACCUUUAUCACGAGAAUUAGACAAUCAUCAUUCAAUUUCGGAACUUUUACGAAGUUCAAUGCGGCAUAGUCUGCGUGCUGGAAGAGCUGAUCAUCAUGGCGGUAUUAUGAACAUUGUUCGUCAAAAAUUUGGUAGGUCAUUAAGUCAUUCACAUUUCAAUACGAGCCAAAAUGCCGAUGAUAACAGCAACAAAACGAAUCAAACUGUGGACGAAUUGUCAGUCGUGGAAAAAGGUUACUCAAAAUGGAUAAGUAACAGUGAAAGCCGUCGAAGCAGUUUAAAUCGUGUUCUGGAGACUAUUAUCAAAGAAUCAUAUGAUAAUCCAAAUGUUAACUUAUCAGAUGAAGAUUUGCCCCUUACAUUAAAGCAAACAUCGAUGAGUGAUGGACGACAUACUGGCCAUGCUGCACUGUCACAAACGUCAACGCUGUACAGACUGGAAGAUUUGGAAGAGGAAACAGAAGAUGCUAUAAGUAGGAAAAAUACCAAAGCAGAUAAUACUGCUCCUGUCACUGGCUACACUUACGUGAAUUACGUAAGGUCACCGAAUAGUGACGUACGGAUUAGUGCUGUCGAUGGAUCAUCACUGAUUGUAACUCGACAACGAAGUGUUCCAUCGAAUGAUGCAAAUUGCGCUUUUGUUCAAACAGCAAUUCGUAGGCAGAAUUCAUGUCCAGAAGUUAAUUUAGAGAAUAAAUCUUGGAUAUGA